AUGUCGGUUCGACAUCAUAGACCUCAGAUUCUUUUCUUUUCUGGGCAUGUGUCUUAUCUUAGCUCAGAGAAACAGGCUUUCUCACCUUUGGAAGCAGCUCGUAGAAUAGAACUGGCAGCUUUCUUGACUGACCCGCUGUCACAUCUUGAAUCAGUACAACCAUUCUCUUGGAAGACCUUCCUCACAGGACUUUCAGCAUGCUACCAGUCCGAUCUAGCUGCCCGAUAG